CCUUCUCCCCAGGAGCUCCUCCGAGCAGUGCUCCAAACAUGAGCGCCCAGCAGGACUCCGCGGGCCAGCCACAGCAUGCGGCCCUGGGCUCAGCAGAGGCUCCCCCAGUGGACCCCCGGAUGUCCCUGCCCACACAGCCCAAGUUUGACAUGUUGUACAAGAUCGAGGACACACCGCCUUGGUACCUGUGCAUUCUUCUAGGCUUCCAGCAUUAUCUGACAUGCUUCAGCGGCACCAUCGCCGUGCCCUUCCUCCUGGCCGAAGCACUGUGUGUGGGCCAGGACCAGUACAUGGUCAGUCAGCUCAUCGGCACCAUCUUCGUGUGCGUUGGCAUCACCACCCUCUUGCAGACCACGCUGGGAAUCCGGCUGCCACUGUUCCAGGCCAGUGCGUUUGCAUUUCUGGUUCCAGCCAAAGCCAUCCUCUCCCUGGAAAGAUGGAAGUGUCCCCCGGAAGAGGAGAUCUACGGUAACUGGAGUCUGCCUCUGAACACCUCCCAUAUCUGGCACCCACGGAUGCGAGAGAUCCAAGGUGCAAUCAUGGUGUCCAGUGUGGUGGAGGUGGUGAUUGGAUUGCUGGGACUGCCCGGGGCCCUGCUCAGCUACAUCGGGCCUCUCACGGUCACCCCCACUGUCUCCCUCAUUGGCCUGUCAGUCUUCCAAACUGCCGGUGAACGGGCUGGCUCCCACUGGGGCAUCUCAGCUUGCGCCAUUCUCCUGAUCGUCCUCUUCUCCCAGUACCUGCGCAACUUCACGUUGCUGCUGCCCGUGUACCGCUGGGGCAAGGGCUUCACUUUCUUUCGCAUCCAGAUCUUCAAGAUGUUUCCUAUUGUGCUGGCCAUCAUGACGGUGUGGCUGCUUUGUUAUAUCCUCACCGUCACGAACGUGCUGCCCAGAGACUCCACGGUCUAUGGCUUCCAAGCACGGACCGAUGCCCGUGGGGAGAUCAUGGCUAUUGCACCCUGGAUCCGCCUCCCCUACCCUUGUCAGUGGGGACUGCCCACAGUGACUGUGGCUGCUGUCUUGGGAAUGUUCAGUGCCACCUUGGCAGGCAUCAUCGAAUCCAUUGGAGAUUAUUACGCUUGUGCCCGGCUGGCUGGCGCGCCGCCCCCUCCAGUACAUGCCAUCAACAGGGGUAUAUUCACCGAGGGUGUCUGCUGCAUCAUCGCUGGGCUGCUGGGUACGGGCAACGGGUCCACCUCGUCCAGCCCCAACAUCGGCGUCCUGGGGAUUACCAAGGUGGGCAGCCGGCGUGUGGUACAGUUCGGCGCCGGUAUCAUGCUGAUCCUGGGCAUCAUCGGCAAGUUCACGGCCCUCUUUGCCUCACUCCCUGACCCCAUCCUGGGGGGUAUGUUCUGCACCCUCUUCGGCAUGAUUACUGCCGUGGGCCUGUCCAACCUGCAGUUCGUGGACAUGAACUCCUCCCGCAACCUCUUCGUGCUCGGAUUUUCCAUCUUCUUCGGGCUCACACUGCCCAAUUACCUGGAUUCCAACCCCGGAGCCAUCAACACAGGCAUCACUGAAGUGGACCAGAUUCUUACUGUGCUGCUGACCACGGAGAUGUUUGUGGGCGGGUGCCUUGCUUUCAUACUGGACAACACGGUACCAGGGAGCCCAGAGGAACGAGGUCUGAUACAGUGGAAAGCUGGGGCCCAUGCCAACAGUGAGACGUCUGCCAGCCUCAAGAGCUAUGACUUUCCCAUUGGGAUGGGCAUGGUCAAAAGGAUUGCUUUUCUGAGAUACAUUCCUAUCUGCCCAGUCUUCAAAGGAUUUUCUCCAAGGUCAAAAGGUCAACAUUCAGUUCCAGAAGAUACUCCAAGAAACACAGAAAGUGGGUCUGUGUGCACCAAGGUCUGAAAAACCACUUCCAGGAAAGGUAACCCUCGGGAGAACCCAGGCCAGCCGGAGGCCCUGGCCUAGUCACUGCAGCCACAGACAACUUCAGCUUUGCACUCCAGUAGGCUAAACAAAUACCACUUUGAUAUCUGCCAUGGCAGAAGCUGAGAAGUAAUGACACAGCAAAAAUCCUCAUAUACGCUGCCUUGUUUCAACAGUGGUCAUAAAAUUAAAAUCCUCUCAAACAGGAUGGAUGGCUUGAGUUACCUUAAAACUAUACCAGCAGCGGUCUUACUCUUUUG